AUGGCCGCGCCCUUUGCGGCCGAUGUCGCGCGGGAGACGGCCGCCGACGACGCGCGCCGCGCGGAGGAGCGCGAGCGGCGGCAGGGCGCCAAGGCGGCCGCGGCGGAGCGGGGGCAGCGGGAGCGGCAAGGAGGGGAGCAGCAGCAGCAGCAGCAGCAGCAGCAGCAGCAGCAGCAGCAGCAGCAGCAGCAGCAGCAGCAGCAAGCCGCGGCGGCGCAGCCGAGGGCGCCGGCCCCCGGCAGCCUGCUGGCGCCCGUCAAGGGCCCUGACACCGGCUUCCUGCCCUUCGGCCAGCGCCAGCGCGGUGGCGGUGGCGCGCCGCGGCGCCUUGCGGCUGACGUGGCGCGCACCCUAGAGUCGCUGUACGCGCGCAGCCCCUACCCCUCGAAAGAUUUGCUGCAGAGUGUUUGUGAUAUGCAUCGCCUCAACAGGGAUGUGGCAGCCGAGUGGUUCGUCCAGCGCCGCGACGCCGACGGCCGCCCCCACGACCCCCGCGCCGCCAAGCGCCUGUCAGAGCAGGCCGCCGCGGCCGCCGGCGGCCUGCUGCGCGACGGGCGCGGGCGCGCGGUGCGGGGGCCGGCGCCUGGUGAGGACGACGAGUUGAUGCGGCUCAUGCGCGCAGCGGCGGUGAGCGCAGCGGCGCCGGCGCCGGCGCCGGCGCCGCCCGGGCAGCGGCGGCAGCAGCCGGGGGCCGCGGGAGAGGGGGCGGCGGCGCCGCAGCAGCAGGCGCCGGCACGGCGCGUGGCGGUGACGGCGAGGGAGAUGGCGGCCAUGCGGUCGUCGCUGCCCAGCCCGCGGAAGUUCAAGGGGGCCAAGCUGGCUCAAGAGCUGGAGAUCAAGCAGAGCGGCGGCGGCUCGGUGGUGGAGAUCGGCGGAGUCGCCUACGUAGUCAGGAGUGGGCCCACCGAGUGGCGGCGCGCGUGGCACAGGCGCCGCGCGAGCCGCUCCGAGGGCGGCGGCGUGCCGGCGCGUCGGCUCGACUUUGUGCGGUGGUUUGGUGCGGCGCAGCGGGCGGCGGCGGGGUCGGAGGUCGGCGGAGAGUCUGCCGGCGGGGCUGUGAAGUUGCCGGUGAACACACCAGUGUAG